AGCCGAAACAUGAUGAAUUCGUACUGGCCGGUACACAAGAAGAAUCUCCAGCACAAAUCUCGAUAGAUGAAAUGCAGGAAUCUUUCGUAUCGGAGCAAGAGCAACUUCGUUUGGUGCAGCUAGGACUCAACAGAUUAUAUAAAAUAUUCGAAAGAGUGUGUGGUCGCUGCGAGGCGGAGCGCGCAGACAUCAGGGAGCUGGGGGCUGCGCUGAGCGCGCUGGGCGCAGCACCCGCAGCUGAACCCCCCGCCUGGCUCGCUGUUAGGGGAGCCCUAAAAACCGCUGCUCAUCUCGCUACAACAAUGGGCGAGACGUCUAUAGAGGAGAUGGACUAUGAAUACGGUGCCGGUGCAAAAAUAUUGCUCGCGUUAGAUGCAUUAGGAGCUUACAGGGAGUUGUGCGCGCGGCUGUCGCGCGGGCUGCACGGCGAGCGCGCGGCGGCGGCGGCGGCGCAGGCGCACUCCGCGGCCGCCGCCGCCGCCGCCGCGCUGCGCAAGCGGCACCGCUUCGCGCUGCACUGCUGUCUAGAGGAGAGCGGCGUGGUGCGCGCGUACGCGCUGGCGGCGCUGCAGUCGCUGCACUCGGCGCUGCGCGCGCACGGCGCCGCGCACGCGCACUGCGCCGCCGUCUGGACAGACCUGCACAGCGCGCUCGCACACACAUAGCACACAUAACCUUAACUUAACAGAUAAUAUACGACUUUUCAACUACAUUUAACCAUUGCUUUGUUUUUUUU